AUGGCUUGGAAGCAAGGUUGCAAUUUGGAGACGGGCCAAGAAAUCUACUGUAGCUUCAGCGUUAGUUACAAUGACGAAUAUUAAGGGGGAGUAGGCCUAAGUCCGUAAAUGUGUUCAGGGCGUUAAGAAACGUUCACUGUAAGAGCAAUGUGUGGAUCCGCACCCGCGUUCCCAAACCUUCGGCUCGGACACUGACAGGGCACGAAGACGCCACGGGUGCAAUGCGAGGAUGUGAUAUAGGCGCCUGGCCUCGCUGGCUGCAGACAGACUCUCUGUCCAGCACAGAGCGGCGAGCGAAAGACGUGCGAUUCCAUCUGUCUUCCAUCCAUUACCAACGGCGUCACAAUUUCGAGGUCUGGUUUGCUUUCUUAAUUCUGAGCUUCCUGGGUACAUCUACAUGUGCCACUGCUGCUCCCUCCAAGUCUUAUAAAACACACGUGCUGCAGCUGUGUCUGAAGAAAAUGAAACAUAUUUUUGAGAAAUCUGAUGCUUUGUUGUAUUCUCCGUCUAUUGACGACAUUCCGGAGAACUGUGGAAUUAUGUCCCUGAAAUGUUAUAUUUUGGAGUUGGUAGUGGUCUUAUAUGAAGAGGACUUAUUGAAAAGUGACGAUGCAGAGUGUAUCUUUCAUUUCAAUGCCACCCUGUCUUCUCAAGCCAGCUCUGUCAGCUGUCCAUCAUGUGAGACGCAAACUUUAAAAAGCGCAACAAUAUUCCUGGAGAGGAUGGUAAUCCUUUUGCAGAGUCUGCAAUGAUCGAACAGUGGAAUUUAGAUGACGUAACAGCACGCUGUAAAUAAUGUACAUAUGCAUGAGUAAAGUCCUUUUUAAAUUUGAUGUUUUUUUUCCUCUUUUACAUUGUAAAUAUACAAAUGUCAUACUUAAGCAGUCCAUCUCAUCCUAAUUCCCAAGUUUUUUUUUAAAAAAAAAUAAACUUUGCAUGUAUUUUCUUUGAGUGAAUACAUCAUGAUAUAUAUGCAUCAUAUGCCAGUU